AUGCCAGCAGUAACGACCAACGGAGAGUCAGCAACCACGAACGGCGGCUCGGGCGUCGACCAGCUCGACCAUAUCCUCACCUCAUUCACCACUCUCACAGACUCCCUCGCCAUUAACGACGCCCUCCUCGUCAUCGAUUAUGCCCUCCAAGGGCCAAAUGCAACAGCGCAGACGAGACAAAAGAUCCUUAGCUCAAUCCCCCUCGGAUACUUUUUUCAAGUCCUCCAACAAGACCACGGAUACGACACUGAACAGAUCAAUGACAGGAUCUGUCAUGUUCUCGAACUCCUCCUCAAAGACCAGCCUUACUCGACAUUGGUUCAUGACGAGUUAUUGGUCGCGGCGUUGGCUCAAGCGCUGGAUUCUCCAUCCCCGCAAGUUCGUGCAUUGGGGUUGAGCCAGGUUGAUAAGGUCGCUGAGGAGGACCUUUCUGUUCUGAGGACCUUGCUAUUGUCGCCGAUGUUUAAGGCAGUUGUCGGUGGGAUUGGAUCAGGCAGCCUCUCUAUCGCCGAGAGGUCAAAGAAGACUCUGCUCAAGAUCUGCGAGACUCAGGAGAAAUUGGAGGCGGUCAUCAAUAACACAGAGGCAUUCAAUCAGAUCAAGGACCUCGCCAACUCUAGAGAUUCAAUCGUUCAACUCAGGAUGAUCGAGGCACUAACAGAACUCGCCUCAAAGUCGUCCUCCACUACCCAUCUCCUCGACUCAAAAUCCCUCCUGGACUCUCUCAAAUCUGGCCUCACCUCCACCGACAUCCUCGCCCGUUUCAACAUCCUCGAAAUCCUCGCCGAGUUCGGCACCACCCUUCCAGGUAGCGAAUUUCUGGACCAUUCGGGAGUUCUGGCGAGGAUCGCGCAGGUUGUGGAGAAUGAGGCUGGACAGGAUAGUUUGGGGUUGAAUGCGAUUGUGAAGUUGUAUGGGAAAUUGGGUGCGGCGGAGCAAGUCGAUUUUGUGAGUUUGGAUAUGAAGUAUCAAAUUUUGGAACAGUUGGAGAGGUUGCUUGUGGGGAAUGAUGAUUAUGAGCCUGAUGAGUCUAGCAAGGUGGAGGUGAUGUCAGCGAUUGGACUGAUCGGCGGGAACGUCCAGAACACGGAGUGGGUCUCACAGAGCAAGUGCUCUGAAGAAUUCAUCAUCGCCUUUCAGUCACUCCCUCGAGACGCUAAAGUCGCCUGGUAUCACUCUCUCGCCCAAAUCCUCGCCUGCAGCCCGGAUCCUUCGCAAGAGACUGAAAGAAUCAUCGCAGACUUCUACACCCGCUUGGACGGAGAUCCAAACCUCCAAAGCCCCUUUAUCAUCCGCCUCCUCACAUCUGCAAAAUCCCAAUCCCAACAACUGGCCAUGUCCGCUCUUUCUGUCAUGAUCCCUCUGGCGCACUACUCCUUUGGAACCCAGAAACUGGCUGCACAGAGGGAUGUCUUGACGUUUCUCUUGGAUCGCAACACAGAACAAUCCCAUUCCGAGAAGGUGGCGAAGCAUGAAGUGAUUGUGGCAAUGUUGAAGACGGCAGAGGAGGCCAAGAAGUCAAGAGGGACAGAUCUGCUUACUGUGGACCAAGUCUCACGUCUGGACCUGCACCGUCGUCAAGGCCCCUUCUACCAACGUUCCACCGCCACCGUCUCCAUCCAGGAUAUCACCGCUUAG